CUCACUGGAGUCCGCUCAUUUUCAGAAUUGUUCUCAAUGCUUUAUUUUUAUUCAGGCUAGUAUUUUAUUGGUUAAAAAUUUAGUAACAUAUAAUCUGAAAAAGACAGAUUUCUCGAGGAAAGAGUGAUUGAACGUAACAAUGGAAGACAAUACAACAUUUUCAACCCCGAACAGUUCGUUUCCCGGAGGUAGUGGGAAAAUUCUUAACUCCUACGAAAUACACCGCAUCGCUGCUCCAGAACUUCUGGUGAUCGACAGAGUAAUCACUCCUAUAUUCUACCUCAUCGGAAUUAUUGGGAACCCGUUAAGUGCCGUCAUAUGGCUCUCUAAGAAAGUCAGAAAAUCAAAUUCCUCUGCUAUCUAUCUAGGGACCAUAGCAAUUGUGGACACAUUCUUCCUGUUUGUUCACGUCUGGUUAGAGUUGCUACAGGCCUGGGGUGUGAAAACGUUUAAUAGACCAGACUACUGUGAAGUGUACAUGAUAAUAUCUAUGACUCCGCAGUAUUUAGCUCCCUUGCUUAUUCUUGGGUUCACAUUCGAACGAUUCAUCGCGAUUUGUUUUCCCUUCUUGAAAAACAAAGUGUGUACAGUAAAGAAGGCAGUUAUCGUUGUGAAUACCCUGUCAAUAUUUGCCCUAGGCCUUGGCAUUGCCCAAGUAUUUAUCUGGACAUACGAUGACACUGUCGACAUCUGCAAUAUCAGGCCAGAAACGCACGUUUUCUACUCUGUGUGGACAUGGGUGUCGGAGAUGGUGAUUUUUGUGGCGGUCCCUGUAACAGUCCUCGUAUUUAACAUUCUCGUUAUCAGAGAAAUCAAGAAAAUGAGCCAAAUGACUACAUCUUUCGGUAAUGACGCGGGAAGAGCCUCAAAUCAGACAUCAACUGUAACUUUAUUAUCCGUUUCGUUUUAUUUGAUUUUCACAUUAUUACCAGCAACCAUUGUUUACGCCAUUCAAACAACCAUUAGCCUUGGGAACAUGACAACUCCUCCAGAGGAAUGGACAAAUGAUGAUUCAUGGUCAACUUACCUAACGUACUACCACGUUCGCCGCAUUAUUGAGGAAAUCUGCUUGUCAAAUUAUGCUUGUUAUGUGUUCAUUUACUAUGCAACUAGCGAUGUUUUUAGACAGAAGGUGCACGAGUGGUGGUGCUGGAAACGCUUUAUUUAUAAGUCAGAAAAUGAUAAGCAGUCUUCGUUUACAACGGAGUAUAAGAUUGUCAGUCACAAAACACGAUCACAAACAGCAAUGGACUCAGUAAAUGUUUAAUUUCUGUAUAUAAUUAUUAUAGUGUAUUUGAAACAAGUUUUACACAUGUUCGUACACUUAAAAAUAGAUAAA